AUGGCGAUCGCGGCUGUCGGCCAGAUCACAUCAACGGCGUCCCUGUCGCACAACCUAGAGCAGUGCGUUAGACUGAUCGCCAAGGCCGCUGCCGGUGGCGCAAAAGUGCUUUUCCUUCCCGAGGCCUCAGACUACAUCGCAUCAAGCCCGCAAGAGUCUCUGUCUCUCGCUCAGCCGCAAUCCAAGUCUCCCUUUGUGCUCGGCCUCCAGGAGGCGGCAAAGGCCCACUCCGUCGCCAUCAGCGUCGGCAUCCACGUGCCCACCGACGUUCCGGCCGAAAUCGCCGACGCUGCGGCGGCGAAAGACGCAAAGCUCCUAAACCGCCUCCUGUGGAUCAACGCCGACGGCACCAUCAAUCACGCGGCAACCUACGACAAGCUCCACCUCUUCAACCUGGGCGCCGCCCGCGAGAGCGCGACGAUCCAGGCCGGCACCUCGCUGACGGCCCCGUUCCACACCCCCGUCGGCCGCGUCGGGGGCCUCAUCUGCUUCGAUCUCCGUUUCCCCGAACCGGCCCUCGCGCUGACGCACCCGGGCCCCAACAGCCCAUUCGUCGACCCUGCCGUCGGCCCCGCCCAGAUCCUGCUCUACCCCUCCGCCUUCACCAUCCCGACCGGCCAGGCGCACUGGGAGACGCUCCUGCGGGCCCGUGCCAUCGAGACGCAGAGCUGGGUCUUCGCCGCGGCGCAGGUCGGCGCUCACCAUCCCAAGCGGAGCAGCUACGGGCACAGUCUCGUCAUCGACCCUUGGGGCCAGGUGAGGCUCGAGCUCGGCGGUGUGGACGCCGAUGGCAGGGCCGAGGAGGGCGCUGAGGGGGCCAUUGGCUUCGUGGACGUGGAUUUGGAGCAAUGGGCCACCGUGAGGGAGAGGAUGCCGUUGACUAGACGCACUCUCAAUCCCUUCCUCCUGUAA